CAAUCCUGCAAUCAUAACCUUCCCCGUUGUGCAGGAGUAAACAUCCAAUUGCAUUGAAAAGAGUAAUUAAUAAUUAAUAAACAAAAUGACGAAUUCUAACGCCGAUCAGUCCCUGAUGGAUAAAUCGAUGAGAAGCGUAUUUGUGGGAAAUAUACCGUACGAAGCAACAGAGGAGAACCUGAAGGAUAUUUUCAGUGAAGUCGGACCAGUGCUGUCCUUCAAAUUAGUGUAUGACCGAGAAACAGGAAAACCCAAGGGAUACGGCUUCUGCGAGUACAAGGAUCAGGAGACAGCCCUGAGUGCAAUGAGAAAUUUGAAUAGUUACGAGAUUGGUGGACGAACCUUGAGAGUCGAUAAUGCGUGUACAGAGAAGAGUCGUAUGGAGAUGCAGAGUCUUCUGCAGACACAGAGCACUGAGAAUGCUUAUGGAGAGGCUGUGCAGUCUGAUAAAGCGCCAGAGGCCAUCUCCAAGGCAGUAGCUGCACUGCCACCAGAGCAGAUGUUCGAGCUGAUGAAGCAGAUGAAGCUCUGCGUUCAAAAUAAUCCCAAUGAGGCGAGACAGAUGCUCCUGCAGAAUCCACAGCUGUCUUACGCCCUUUUGCAGGCUCACGUUGUCAUGAGAAUAGUGGAUCCUCAAACUGCUGUUAGUAUGCUCCACAAAGCGAAUACCAUUCCACCAGUGAUCAAUCCCAGUGAACAUCCACCGAUUCCAACAUUUCAACCGAGAAUUGAGGAGCCCUGGGCCACUGCCAGGCCCAUUCCUCCGGUCAAUCCACCUGCACCCAUUUUCAGUGGUAAAGACGUUGACUUGAGGACUCUGGAGAGACCUAUCGAUCACAGGCUCACGAGAAUGGACAUGGAUCUCAGAACUGGAACACAGCCACCCGUCGCUAUUGUACCUCCAGUCAUUCCUUCAAUGAUGGACACACGACCUCCAGUCUUCAAUCCACCAGACAGCACUCUUCCUGCGGAGGGAGUCGAGAGCUUCGGUCGAGAUCCAAGAGGAGAUCGAUUUGGGAGAGAUCCUCGCGAUCUCAGAGACCCCAGAAUGACAGUCGAUCCCAGGAUGAAUAAAUCCACUGCUCCAGCUCUUACACCUCCUCAAGUUCCUCGUCCAGUGCUAACACAAGUCGUUGCACCAACCAAUAUCACUGCAGUGAAUACAACAACUCCGACAAGUGGAUUUUCUACGUCCAGUUCUGCUGCUUCGAGACUCAUGGCAGGCAUGUCACCGGCUGGAAGUAUUCCCAGUGGAGCAUCUGACCAGGAGAAGGCUGCAUUGAUAAUGCAAGUGCUCCAACUAACGGAUGACCAGAUCGCCAAGCUCCCUGUGGAGCAGCGCCAGAGUAUUCUCGUCCUCAAGGAGCAGAUCGCCAACAGCACUCCAAGAUAAUUUCCAUUAUUUCUCGUUUUUUCUUCCGUGUAAAUAAAGACCUAUGGAAAUCGCACAGGGAUUUUAAUAAAUAUAUGAU